AUGAAAUACGUUCUGGUUUCCGGAGGUGUCAUCUCCGGCGUGGGCAAGGGCAUUAUUGCCUCCAGCACCGGUCUCCUGCUCAAGACUACCGGUCUGGCCGUCACCUCUAUCAAGAUCGACCCUUACAUCAACAUCGAUGCGGGCACAAUGGCACCUACUGAGCACGGUGAGGUCUAUGUCACAGACGACGGUGGUGAAAUGGACCUCGACCUUGGCAACUACGAGCGCUACCUCCUCUCCUCUCUCUCCCGCGAUCACAACAUCACCACCGGAAAGGUCUACCAGCACGUCAUCAACCGCGAGCGCAUCGGCCACUAUCUCGGUAAGACCGUCCAGGUCGUGCCCCACGUCACCGAUGCCAUUCAGGAGUGGAUUCAGCGGGUAGCCAAGAUCCCCGUCGACGAGUCCAAGGCGGAACCGGAUGUCUGCAUCAUCGAGUUGGGUGGUACCGUCGGUGACAUUGAGAGUGCGCCCUUCAUCCACGCUCUGAGCCAGCUCCAGAGAAAGGCCGGCAAGGGCAACUUUGUCCAGAUCCACGUUUCCUACGUGCCUGUCAUCCCGCCGGGACCUGGUGGCGAGCAGAAGACGAAACCCACGCAGAGGGCAAUCAGCGAUGUGCGGAGUGCUGGUCUCAACCCCGACCUGAUUGCUUGUCGCUGCGAGCAGCCUCUGGAGGAUAGCACCAUUAACAAGAUCGCCAACAUGUGCUCCGUCGAGCAGCACCAGGUCAUUGCCGUCCACAACGUCACGACGACAUACCACGUGCCCAUGCUUCUCGAGAAGCAGAAGCUGAUCAGCACCAUCACCGAUAUGCUCGACUUGAAGUCGAUCCCCCAGACCCCUGAGCGCAAGGAGCAGGGCAGCCGCAUGUGGAACGACUGGUGCGACCUUGCUCGUGGUCAGGACUUCCUCCACGAUUCCGUCUCUAUUGCUCUGGUUGGCAAAUACACUUCCCUCCACGACGCCUACAUCAGUGUCUCCAAGGCUCUGGAGCACGCGGCCAUGUACUGCCACAAGAAGGUUCAGAUCAUCUGGGUCGACUCGUCGCAUCUGGAGGAUGACACUGCCUCCCCCGCCGACUACCACAAGGCCUGGCACGCGGUUUGCACGGCCGAUGGUGUCCUGGUGCCCGGCGGUUUCGGUAACAGAGGUACUGAGGGUAUGAUGAAGGCCAUCACAUGGGCGCGUACCAACAACAAGCCCUUCCUGGGUGUCUGCCUGGGUAUGCAGCUGGCCGUGUUGGAGUUCUGCCGCAACGUCGCCAACAUCAAGGAUGUCGGCAGUGAGGAGCUGCACCCCAAGGCCGAGAACCACGCCAUUGUCUACAUGCCUGAGGUCGACAAGGGCAAGCUUGGUGGUACCAUGCGUCUUGGCAGACACCCCUGUGUCUUCCAGGAGAACACCGAGUGGUCUCGUCUGCGUGGUCUGUACGGACCUUCCGUCUCGCAGAUUGAGGAGCGCCACCGUCAUCGUUACGAAGUCAACCCCGACAUGAUCGAGCAGAUUGAGAAGGCCGGUCUCUCUUUCAUCGGAAAGGACACCAAGGGCGAGCGUAUGGAGAUUAUCGAGAUCAAGGACCACCCCUGGUUUGUCGGUGUCCAGUUCCACCCCGAGUAUCUCAGUCGGGUCUUGAGCCCCAGCCGGGCUUUCCUCGGUUUCUUUGCCGCCGCUGCGGGCUGCCUGGAUGAGGUCUCCAAGGCAGUUGUGCUGGGUCAGCGGAGCAUUGGCCGGAAGCAAUAG